AUGCGAUCGUCCAUCAUCGUCUGGGCCCUUUUGGUUAUUUUUCUCGUUGGUGUUGCGGCUGUCCCUCGUGAUGAACUAUCUUCCCGUGACCUGCAUUCUUCUGAAAAUGCACCGAACAUAGAUUUCUCUUAUAAAACCCACGUCAAUACCGGCAAACAAAGAUCAGUCGAGACAAGGACCAACUUGGCCUCUUGGAAAAUUGGGGAACUAAAACUUCGACUUCCUCCUAUCUGCGUGAAAGACGCGAAAAAUGGGCCCGAGCCUCCCAUCAUUAAUGGCAUGGAUGGUAAACCCAUGGAAUCUCCGCCAACGUCAUACGUACAGACAGCUAAAGAGAAGUUGGCAAAACAGGGGGGUAUUUGCGAAGUUCAACCUCGAAAAUGCCGCGAUGAGGUGAUGAGUCCGAAAUGUGAAGACAUUGCCAACAUGCACGUCCAAGCACUCCUUGAUAAUUGUACUUUGAAAUCCUACUACGACAGUGGCGUAAAGUCAACCGCUGGUCAAGUCUUUGAUUCUUUUGGGCUAAACGUCGUUGUUGGUUGGCAAAAUCAAUGCGACUGA